AAAUAAAAUGAAUGGGAACUUACUUGGCAAAAUACUGACACACAGAAACAACAGAAAUAAAGUUUUGAUUCUCCAUCGUUUCAUCUUGCUGAAACAGAUUAUCUGGAUCCAAAGACCAUUUGAGCUGCUCUGUGCCAAACAAGUUUCAUUCACUGAAAAUCAAAAACAAAGAAGUAAAAAAGAGGAAGAAGACUCUGAAACAAUGCAGACGAAUUCAGUGGCGGAUUGAGCAGUAAUCAGUGAUGCGCGUGUGAUCUUGUCCUGCACUGAUGAGUCUGGACAGGAGAAGGAGAGGCGGGGCAGCGGAUGGACAGAACGAGCCGGUCCUAAUACAACAGCGACACGUGAACCAAACCCCAUACAUACACUGGACUCACAAACAGCAGGUUCCACACAGAGUAUGUGUAUGGAGAACAAGAAAAAUAAAUAAAAACAAAACGAACGUAGAUCCUUUGUUUGCUCUGGUUCAGCACCACGGAGAGCUCCUGCCUCCCUCCUACAAUAAAUCCAGUUAUUUGGCGCUUACAUUUUGGCUAAUCAAUAAGAGACACGUUUUAUUUUCCAUGUGGUCUGUGUACAUCAUUAUUGACGUACAAACGUAGCAGCCUCUGCAAUCUCCUACACUCACAUUCUCUUCCGGGUGCUGGUGGUCUGCACCUACGGUAUUCUCCUUUCGCUUUUUGUCGCUCAAGGAGGAUGUUGCAUCCGCAGGCCUGUUGUCAUCUGCUGGGAGAAUCUGACUAAAAUCAAGUGGAAGUAAAAAUGUCGCAGGAAUUUAAGAUGGCUGGAUGAUCCCCAGCUCAUUUUAAAGGAUUCCACCCUAUUGAUGGAACAUCCAGGACCAUCCUGCUGCCCGAUAUAAUGAAUGUUAUUGCAACAACGUAGUUGUUGACGUGCCAGCUGCGAAUAGUUAUUUGCAAUCAAUAAACAGAUCGGAGUUUCAGACCAAGAUGCUACAAGGCUCAAAUAUCUUAGGGCAUGAGAGGCCCCUGGUUAUCAGGAUAUCAUUCACAACCUGUGUUCUGACUACUGUGUGCCUACCACUGCUUGGACUAAUAACUUGUGUCUUCAUAUCUUCUGUUUUUCAUUUUGAGGACUCAACUGGUACACACUGCCAGGUUCCUAACUACCUGCCAUCUAUUAGUGCCUCAAUAAGCCUGAGUCCUGAGUGUCACAUAUGGCGGUUCUGCAUCGGACUGCACUCAGCACCAAGGUUCCUGGUGGCGUUCACCUACUUCAAAUUUUACAAGACACGUUUCGCCUCGAAGUUCCCUGAGAGUCCACUCAGCUGCUUGAACCUGGCUUUUUCUAUUUCUGAAAACCUCGGCCUCUUGCUCCUCACAUAUGUAUCGUCCAGUGAGACAUACUUUGUACAUAAGGAAGGCUUUGUCCUGUUCAUUGUCAGCUCGCUUAUCUACAUGCUGAUAACCUGCCGUUUGUGGAAAACUAUUAAAAAGUAUUCAUUGAGUCCUGAGGAUGCCAAGUCUCACCACUGGAAAGUGCGAUUUUUACUUCUUAAUGUAUCCUUCUGCGCCUUUGCCGGAUUCUUUUAUUGGAAACACAACAUGUACUGUGAAUCAGGGAGUUACACAUUUUUUGCUCUGUUUGAGUAUCUUGUCGUCUUCUCCAACAUGGCCUUCCAUCUCACUGCUGUGUGGGACUUUAAGAGCCGGGAGGUCAUGGUGAUUUCAUCCUCUGAAGAUAAAACCUUCUGACUAGAAACUCAAGGACUAAGUGCUAAAUAUACAACCACUCAACCACCUGAUGAUAACAGCCUUGAUCCUGCUCAAGAGGAAGAGUGGGAUGAAGGCCUUUUCCAUAUAUUUCCAUGAUGACAGCUCUCAAGUCCUUAGAGGGUGUAGAUGUCUGACAUGUAUGAACAAAAGAUAUGCACACGUGCUGCAGUGGAGUCUGUUCAGUUAGCUGUAAGUGCUUUUUAUGGCCUCAGUGUCUCAUUCAUGGAUGCCUUCACCUACAUACAGUAUGUGUAAUGUGCAAUUUCAACUUUUGUAUGAUGCACAACAUAUGUGUGGUCAUACUGUAUGUGUGCCAAAGUAAAGUGACAGUUCUCUCAAGUAUGCUUGGCUUUUAUUUUGAAAUACAAAAGGGAGGAACAUCUAAAAAUGAUUUAGUGAGGUGUGAAACAGUGGAAAGCAGGAUGUCCUGUGAGCAUUCAGAAUUUUCCAUUCUAAUUUCUCAUCAAGAACUACUCUGCUCUAAUACUCCAAAUGCAGUAUUAAGCCCACUAUGAAGAACAGACUGUUGUCAUUUGUCAUGCUUAGAUUUAAAAUUUUAUUCAUUUUUCGACAAUAUUUAAGUUUCAUGCAAAAUUCUAUUUCUACAUACCUAUAUGAGGCCUUAAGGGCUUGUUAUUACAGCAGGUAUUAUGAUCACACAAUGCUUACCUAACUGUAGCCAAAAAUUGGUAUGUCGUGCCAGUUUGGUGGAAAAUCUUAUAAAAUGCAUUUAAAUUCAA